CGGAUUUCCAAUCGCCGUAACCAUCCACACCGAUAACAGUGCGCGCAUGAAGUCCCGCCUGUUUUGUCAGUUUAGGCGCCAAGCCAUAAAUUGUUAUCUCUAUCAUAAGCGCGCGAAAUUUAAAUGUUACGCUCAUUUCUGAUUAUGAGAAUUACCAGAAAUCUAAUUUUAAUUUUGAACAAAGUACCUGUAAUUAAAGAAAAGUUAUUUUCUCAAAAAUAUUUACUUUAUACAAAUGUAACAAUAUCUAUUUCUCUUUCUGCCUUGGGAGAUGUAUUAGAACAACAUUAUGAAAUAUUGAAGAAUGAGUGGGAUAAAUGGAGUUUAAAUAGAACUCGAAACAUGGCAUUAUCUGGCAUGUCUAUUGGUAUAGUAUGUCAUUAUUGGUAUAAAUAUCUAGAUAAUAGAUUGCCAGGUCGUACAAUUAAUAUUGUUUUGAAAAAGGUUGUUAUAGAUCAAUUAGUGUGUUCUCCACUUUGCAUCACAAUGUUUUUUUUAACAUUAGCUAUUUUAGAAAAAAGUACUUGGACAGAAUUAAAAGAUGAAAUUAUUAAGAAAGCACAUAAAUUGUACAUAGCAGAAUGGGUUAUUUGGCCACCAGCCCAAAUUUUUAAUUUUUAUUUUCUGCCAAAUAAAUAUAGAGUACUUUAUGAUAAUACUAUAUCUCUAGGCUAUGAUGUGUAUACUAGUCACGUGAAACAUGAUAAUUUAAUACACAAUGCAAGAAAUAAUUAGCAUUAAUAAAUUUUUAAUAUAGACAAAUUAUCUAAGUAAAUAUAUAAGUAAUAGAUAAUGAUGUCAUUUAAAGAAAAUAAUAAAUAACUACAAGUUAUAAAUUGUA